AUGUCCUCGAUCGCCUCCCGACGACUCUUUUCCACCACUGCCCGCCGCCUCAGCGGUGAGGAGAAGGCUGCCAGCCGCUCCGGCAGCAACACCCCUCUCAUUCUCGGUGCUGGUGUCGCCGUUGCUUUCGUCGGCGCUGCGACCUACUUCCGCAACACCAAGAACGCCGCUCAAGAGAACCCUUGGGAGGAGGAGACCCUCGCCAAGCACAAGGUCGGCAAGGAGGCGCCCAGCGCUCUCAACGCUGUCGUCCUUCCCUCCGUUACCCUCCCCAAGGAUGUCCACGACAGGCUCAACAAGUGGGGCAAGGAGGGAUACCCUUAA